AUGUACGAAAUUCCAGAUGCUGAUCCUGAGGAGCCCGUCGAGACAAAGCCCUUCAAAUUCGUGACAGGUUUUGACGCUCGCUUCCCGAACCAGAAUCAAACCAAGCACUGCUGGCAGAACUAUGUCGACUAUCACAAGUGCAUAAUAGCCAAGGGUGAAGAGUUCAAACCCUGCCGACAGUUCUUCCUCGCUUAUCGAUCUCUCUGCCCCAAGUCCUGGACUGACCGAUGGGAUGAUCAACGUGAGGCCGGUAACUUCCCAGCUCGUCUUGACCGAUAA